AUGCUCCUUGGCGUGCGAGUCCUCGCCGUGCAGGCGGGCGCGCUCCACAGCCUCGCACUGAGCGACCACGGGGCCGUCUUUUCCUGGGGCCUCGGAGCGCAGGGGCAGCUCGGACAUGACGAAGCGGGGGAGCCCGAGCCGUCGAAGCGCCGGCGCAAAGCGCCCACCGGCGCCGUCUCGCGUUUGCCGUCACCGCCGUCCGAGCGGCCGCGAAAGCUCACCGCCACGCCAACAGCGAUUCAAAAUCUUCCGGAGCGAGGCCGUGUCACCGCGAUCGCCGCCGGUGGAUUCCACAGCCUCGCGAUGACCGACCGGGGUGCCGUCUACUCGUUUGGACACGGUAUGCACGGCCAGCUGGGCCACGGAGACACGUCGGAUCAGCCGACACCGCGGCUAAUCGACGGGCUGCCAGAGCGCGGCAGGGUGGUCGCAGUCGCGGCGGGGGCCCACCAUAGCCUCGCGGUCAGCGAUCGCGGCGCGAUCUACAGCUUUGGCUAUGGCGGGCACGGCCAACUGGGGCAUGGCGACAGGGCCGACCAGCUUCUGCCACAGCCGGUGGCGGCGCUCGAGGCGGUGCGCAUCAAAGCGGCCGCGGGAGGAGCCGACCACUCGUUGGCGCUAGACAAUUUUGGCGUGCUGUACAGCUUUGGCCUGGACGAACCGCCUCCGCCGCGCCGCGCGCAGCCUACGCCACGGAUCGUUGAGGAGGUGCGAGGCGUGCGAGUGGCGGACGCGUGCGAUUCCUUUGCCGCAGGGAGUUUUGCCCGCCUCGCGGUCGCCUCUGGCGGCGCCACCUUCAGCUGGGGGACAAUCAAAGCCCCCGACGACCACGAUUCUUACCCCGCCCCGGUGCCGCCUCGGGCCACUCGCUCGCGCUCGAUAGGGAGCCGCUCCAGCCCUGCUGUCCUGCAGCGCUAG